AUGGAAUCGAAUUCUACACUACCGACUCGAGCAGUAAUUCCUAAUGCCACCGAGUACAUUCCUCAAGAGCAACCAGUGUCACCAAAGAGUAACAAGUCGUAUCGAGAAUAUUUAGAUUCCAAGGAAUAUUCCACGUUGCAAUACAUCAAGUCUGCUCAGGAGAAUGGGUUCCAAAUCGCCUAUGGCAGAAAUGGGCAUGCAACGACGUUUCCCCCCAACACGAAUGAUGAUGACUUACCACCCAUGAACGCCCUAGAGCUAGAACUAGAGCAAAAGCAUGCAAAAGAAAGUGCGGGAGAAGAAAACGCUCCUACGGCGGACUUUUCUGGCAACGAAUCGUCAAUGACAAGUCCCUUUGAAGGAAUGGUCGGUGUUGUCGAAGACAAAGAACGGCGUAGAAGAAACACUUUGGCGAGUGCUCGAUUUCGACAACGAAGAAAAGCCAAAGAGCAAUACCUCGAACAGACGGUCCAGGAAUACGAAAAGAAAAUCAAGCAAUUGGAACAUAGGAUCUAUGAAUUGGAAUUGGAAACAAAAUGGUUUAAAGAUUUAAUUCGUCCUGUUCGAGUUGCAGAUGCUGCAAAGACAAAACCAAAGUAUUAA